AUGGAGCGUCGAAUGCGUCUGUUAGUCGUACUCAUCCUCGAGCUCAUCCUACAAGGCCUCCUCGUCAGCUUCCUGUUCGGCGUAUUGGGGAGCCCAGAAGCAAACGUCACUUACUCAGACGAUUAUGUUCGCGUCUUGAACAGACCUUCCGAUCUCGGCCUCUCCGCCGGCGAGUUCGCGCCCGUACGAAUGCUAGUGUCAGAAUCAGCACACUACCAGCUCGACGCAUCCUUCGACCACGAAUGGGUCGCCCUCCUCCCCGAGAACGGCACGAUGGGAUACGCGAAGAGCGGCGAGCCGUACAGCGUAGCGAUGUUCCACCAGCUGCGCUGCCUCGACCUCAUCCGCCGCGACUUUGGUCGGGUCAGGAGCACGGGCGCGAUGGCGCGCUCGCCGCACGCGCGGAGUUGCCUCAACUACUUGAGGACGAGCGCGCUUUGCCAGAGCGAUAUGCAUAUCGAGGGUUUCACGGAGGAGGAUAAUACGGAGUCGACGCAUUGGUAUGUGUGUCGGGAUUGGGGGGCCGCGUAUCGUGCGGCUGCUCAAGUGAGACGUGAAUGA